AUGAGUAAGUUACUAGUUAAUGGUUUAGGCUUAGGGUCUGUUGGUAUAGCGUCAUAUUUCUGGGGAAAGUCGUCAGCACCAACCCCUAGUAAAACGACCGUGGAACCUCCUACCUCGGUUGUUCCAGGAAAGAGUAAUGGCGGUGUCGGAUCGUUAGAUGCAUCCAGUAUAAGGCCAGAAGAGUUUUACAAAUACGGCUUCCCGGGGCCAAUUCAUGAUUUAGAGAAGAGAAAAGAAUUUAUUAGUUGCUACGAUAGGAAAACUAGGAACCCAUACUGGAUUGUUGAACAUAUCACUAAAGAUUCGAUAAGAUCUGCACAAGGGGUUGAUAGGAAGAAGUCAGUGUUCAAGGAAGAUGAAAAUAUUCCUUUAAAGUUCAGAAAUAGGUUGAGAGACUAUUUCCGUAGUGGUUAUGACAGAGGCCACCAAGCUCCUGCUGCUGAUGCCAAGUACCAUCAAGAUGCCAUGGACGAAACAUUUUAUUUGACAAACAUUUCGCCGCAAGUUGGCGACGGCUUCAAUCGUGACUAUUGGGCACAUUUUGAAGAUUUUGCACGUAGAUUGACCAAAGAAUACGACGGGGUUAGAAUAAUGACAGGCCCGUUAUUCUUGCCAAAGAAAUGUCCAGAGAAUCCGAACAAAUACAAAGUUGAGUACGAGGUUAUUGGGUCACCACCAAAUAUCGCAGUGCCAACACACUUUUUCAAGUUAAUUGUUGGAGAAAUCAAUAACUCAAAAGACAUUGCGGUUGGAGCAUUCGUAUUACCAAACGAGGCGAUUGACAACGCCACACCGCUUACCACCUUUCAAGUUCCCGUGGAUGCAUUGGAAAGAUCGAGCGGAUUGGAAUUGUUACACAAGGUUCCAUAUACCAAUAAGAAAGAUUUGUGUAGAGAGGUUAAAUGUGAGAUAAUUGUCAGGGAAUUUCCUAAGAACGUCAACAAGUUAUUGCCACCAGCGCCGCCUCAAGGAUUAUUACCUCCACCUAAAUAG